CAAGUGUCAAAUCGUUUGAUCUGUCAUAUAAUUUAAAUUUUAUUUCAUUCAGAAGUCGAAAGCUAAUUAUUAUUUGUUUGAAUUGAUAUUUAUUCCCAGCUUGACAACAACACAAGUGAUAUAGUACAAAAAAUGGAUAAUGACAUAGAUAUAGAAGAACAUAAUAUAUUGGAAAAUCCAGCUCUCAAGGCUAUAUUUCCAGAUAUUACGGCGUUGAAACAGGAAUUGGAUUACGAGAAUGAGGUGUUUGAUACAUUACAAAGUAAUGAAGUUCAAGUUACAAAUGCAGAAACAAAUAUUUUAAGUAAUUCUGAGAAUGCUUCGGGUUCUUGUUUUGUAGAUAAAAUUGAGAGUGGAGUUGAGCGAGAAUAUAUUUUGAAUAGAGACAAUUUGUUUGGUAAUAGAAUAAUACUUGGAUCAAAACCAAGGAAAAGAUCAAAAGACUAUGAAGAUGCUAACUUAAAACAAGCUAAAAUAAUAUUACCUGAUAUUAUAAUAAUAUUAAAUAGCAGUCCAAAGUUCUGUAAACAUUGUUUAAUAUUAUUUCCAACAGUGCAGAGUUUUAAGUUGCAUUGUAAAACAGUUCAUUCAAUCAAGUUAUAUGAUAAAAGAUCCACGUUGAAUAAGAAAUUAAAUGAAGUUGAUUCUCAAACUGCAACAAGUAAUUUAAAGACAGAAGACAACAAAAUCACAGAAACUGUAUCAAAUGUGUCAUGUUUCCAUUGUCCAAUUAAAUUCCCUGAUAAACCAACUCUUAUAGAGCAUUUGUAUGAAGUACUUGAAUCAAAAAACAAAAAUGAGGCCACUAAACAUUUGGCUAAUAAAUAUAAAUAUAAUUCAAGAAGUGAAUUAGAGACUAAGCAAUCUCAAAAUAAAGGUAAAGAAUUGGAUCCAGCAAAUAUGUUGAGUAAGCAAAAAGAACAAUUAUACUCACAAUGUCAUAUAUGUAUGUUUUAUUUUAAAAAUGAAAAGUACUUUAUUCAGCACAUGUAUAACAAGCAUGGUAAUAAUAAUUCCACAAAUAAAGUUCACUUUACUCCUAGAUGUCCAUAUUGUUCACUGAAAUAUACUGACACAAAGUCGUACAAUAAACACCUUUAUAAUAAACACAGGGAUGAAAUUAAAGAAAAAAUAAGUAGAUUGAAAUAUACACAUGAAGAAAAAAAUAUUUCAAUACAAAGCAAAAAAAGACAAGCACCUGAUGAAAUUAAAAAAGUAUCCAAGGAGGCUCCUAAAGUAACUGGAAAACUUAAGGGAAUGUAUUUCCAAUGUCACAUUUGCUUUUACUAUUUUAGAGAUGAAAAAUAUUUCACAAAACAUUUGCUUAAUAGACAUUAUAUUAAUAAUUCUAUUAUCAGAAAAGUUAAGUUUAGCCCAAAAUGUAAGUUGUGUUCUUUACAUUGUCUUAACAUCAAAUCAUUUAACAAGCAUUUACUAAAUAGACACAGAACAAAUCUUAUGGGUACAAAAAAAUCAGACAACAUGCCAAAGCAUAAAACAUCUUGUCUGCAGCAGAAGGAAUUCCAGAAGCCAAGUAAUAUUAAUACAUCAAAGGAUAUAUGUAUGUUAGUACCAAAGUCCACAUUAUUCAAAUGUUGUAAAUGCGAUAUGAAUUUUAUAUCACCAAAAUUAGCCUUAAAUCACAUAGAACAUAUGGAAAUCUUAAUCAACUGGAAAUGUACCCAAUGUAAUUUAAUAUUUAAGAGAAAUGAGUCGAUUCUUCACAUAAAACAGCAUCAAUUUUCUUCAAGUUAUAAUAUUCUUGAGAUGUCUGAUGACAUGUUUUCAAAACUGUUAUUUUGUUGCCCAAAGUGUACAAUACAUUUUCAGGAAGAUAAAUUUGUUCAACAUUACAGCAUUUGUGAAGAACAAACUCCACAGUCAGUGCAUUGUAGAAUUUGUGAUAUAUUAAUUGAUAGUGAGAUAAAAUCUUCGCAUCAAAAUAGGCAUGCCAAGGGUAAUGAGAAUGGAAAUGAUUUUAUUAUUAUUGAUCUUGUAGACAGCAAAAAUAGAGGUAAAAUAAUACUAAAUAAGAAAAACGCACUUCAUAGAAAAAUAAAAACUCUUAAUAUGAUUGCUAAAAAACAUCUAUACUACUGUGAAACAUGUAAAUGUUUUGUGAGUAAAGUACAUAAAGUGAAUGUUCACCGAAACUCCCAAUGUACUCAAAUAAUAAAGUAUCCAUGUAAGUUUUGUGGACUAAAAUUAACCGGUAAAGGUAUAAUGACACACAGAGCAAUGCAUUAUGAAAACAAAGAUUUAAAAUUACAAGAUUUUACAUUUUACAAUUUACGCAGUGGUAAAAAAAUAUGCCCUCCUAUACCAGAAUUGCCACAAUGUAAAGCAUGUAAUAUCCAUUUUUUGUAUAAUAAUGAUGUCAAAAGUCAUGUUUGUGGGGAAGUCAACUACAAAGUUUGUCCACAUUGUGAAAUAUCAAUGUGUGAUACAGUUUAUAAAAUCCAUGUAUCAUUUCAUGAGUAUACAUCGGAAACAUCAUCUGACAACAAGGAUCAUAAUUCAGCCCCUAGUAGUGUUUGUUCUAAAAUAUCAGAUUCAGAUGUAGAAGAAUCUGAAAAACAGAGUGGUCUUGUUGAAAAUUUUGAUGAAGAUCAGGGUUUUGUUUAUUGUUGUAAAGCAUGUUACAGUUGUGUCAAUUCCUAUGAUAAAGUAAUUGAACAUUGUCAACUACACUUGACUUCUUCUGCGGCAAUAAUUAAGAGUGAGUCUAAUCAGCAUUACUCUAGGGAUAAUGUAGUAUACAAUUUUGAUCCAUUUUAUUAUGGAUCACAAUCUGAUAAAUGGCUGCAACAUGUUUAUGGAUCAUUAUCUGUAGAAGAAAUUAACAAACUGUUACUGAAUUGUAUAUACAAACACGAAAAUAGAAUAAAAUUGGAAAUAUGCCACCCAGGAAAUCCUUUGUACACAGAAUACAAGUGCGAAUCAUGCAAUUAUUUUAUAGAUCGCACAUUGUUGUAUGAUCAUAUAGAAAGUUGUGUAGCUAAUACCAGAAAAUUUACAUGUGAAAUCUGUAAAUUAACAUACAUAGAAAAAGAAUCAUUGGACAAUCAUUUGCAAAUUCAUGAGAAAUUUCAUAUUCCUAAGAGUUCUUUCAGAAUUGUUUCCUUUAAUAAAAAAGAACAUAAAGAAUUUAAUGAAAUCAUAAGAAAAAAUUGCUGUAAGCCAUAUGUGGUGUAUAAGUGCAGAAAUUGUGAGGGUGUAGUCAACAAAAUAGAAUUUGCCACUCAUGUAUGCAAUUUGAAUAAGCUAAAGAAAUGUGAUAACUGUGGUUUAUUAUUGUAUGAUGUUGAUUACGAGUCACAUAUUUUGCGACAUAAGCAAUUAGAAAGUUUCAAUGGGAAUAAUAUCAAAGUUGUUCUUCUUGGUUAUAGCAUACCACAACCCAAUAAAUGUUCAUCAUUACUCAGUACUAAGAAUUCUUUUGUAGGGAUUGUUUGUGACUACUCUUUUUAUAAGUGCUUAAAAUGUGAUAUCUGUAUAAGAGAUUUUAGAUCAAUUUCAAAACAUUUUUGUUUGGUGGAUUCUGGUAAGACAAAAUGUACAAAGUGUAAUUUAUAUUUUGAUGAAGGAAAAAUAAAGGGUCAUUAUAAAUUGCAUUCAAGCGACCCAGAUUUUGUAAAGGAUAAUAUAAUAACAAUUGAUUUUGAUCCUACACGCACUAAGCAGUUUAAUGAAGAUCAAUCUAACUGUGAAAAUGUUGAUGAAAAGGAUACAAAUAAAGACAAAGAUGCAUCCGUAAUAUUAGACAAACAAAAUACUGUAAAAGAAAAAUUAACCAAAUUAUUUAAAUGUGUGAAAUGUAACUUCCAUUUUCUAAGUGAAAGUAGUGCUAAAGAACACAUUAAAAAACGUUCUGGUAGGUUGCUAAGUCAAAAAUGUACAAAAUGCGGGUUUUCAUUUUCUCCCAAUAACUUGUUUAAGCAUCUAUUGGAGCAUCACGGGCAGAAAGGUGUUGUUCAUAAGUUUGAGGUUGUUGAUGUAAUUGGCGAUUUUAAAAAGCAGAAAAUUUACAAAUGUUCCAAAUGUACCCUACAUUUUACAAACUCGAAGAAAAUGUAUGAUCAUUAUCUGAAAUGCCUUGGCGAGUCUUCUGAUGGUGCCAAAUGUAAAUGUUGUGGUGUAAUGUUUCAUUAUUCAUAUCUACUCAACCAUGAAAGGAUGCAUGAAAAUAAUAGUCAUGUUGAUUAUGAGAUUGUUACAACUGAAGAUGUAAAUUGUUAAAUCUUUAUAAGUCGUUAUAGUAAUAGUAAUUCUAUUCCUAAUAAAUUGUUUGAACACGA